CGUACAGUUUUAUUCAGCAAGUUGCAGAUUGCAACUGCCUCCCUGAUCCAUUGAAUGCACUAGGCCUGCCUUGGAUAUACACACAUAAAAACUACCUGCCCUCCAUACCUCCAUAAGCCAAGAGAACUUUACAGCUUUCAAUCCACGUAAACAUUUACUCCCUAUCAUUUCUCUAUCUCUCUCUCUUUCUCUCUCUCUGCAAUCUUCUCAUUAAUGAUACCAGACCCCACUCCUUACCAUAUAUACUCGCAAUCAGCCUUCGUACGGUAUCACUUCCACCUACAAUAUCUAUCUGCCUGAGUUGAGGGUUGCGAAAACAAAUGAACAUGCUGAAGAGGAAGUUCCUAGGGACAUUUCUUACAAAGUGGAGGAUGCCAAGUAUUGAGAUGCUAACAUGUGCAACAUACAGCUGCAAUGGGUGGGCUCUCAUCGGUCGAAGCCAAGAAGAAGAAAGCAUCCCCAAAGACGUUCCUAAAGGCCACAUGGUAGUCUACGUAGGCAAUGAGCACAAGAGGUUUGUCAUUCGAGUCACGUACCUCCACCACCCCUUGUUUCAGGCAUUGCUUGAUAGAGCUGAGGAAGAGUAUGAUUUUAGCCCAGAUUCUAAGCUCUGCAUACCAUGCGAGGAAGAUCUCUUCCUCAGCAUUCUUCACUGCGUUAGUUUGCAGAAGGAACCUAGAAUGUGGUUAUGCCUUUGAGGGUCUUUCAUUUUUCCCUGGGCCUUCCAUGCGGAAUAAUUAGGUGCUAUUUAACUUAACUGAGUAUACUAGUCAUCCACAUUGUACACUAUGUAGCAUGUAAUAUAACUCUCUCUUGCCUCAUAAGCAGUCUAUUACUUGUCAUUUUGCCA